CUCCCUACUCCAAAAUGACCAACGAGGAACGUCACGAAGAGACCGGUCAAUUCGGCCCUGUCCCCAUCCCCAUCGACACUUUGAAAGACUUCUACAUGGGAGUCCUCAAUAAGAUGGAAGAAAGAUACCACAAGCUCCCCAAGGCUCUCGCAGUUGAGCUCAAGUUCAAGGAUAAUGCCGGAGAAGGACGGUUCUCGCUUGAAUUUCUCUUGAGUGCCACCGAGGAGACCACCGCAGAACAGAGAACCACUACCUUUUCCACUAUUCUUCAUACAAUGUCGGAAGAGUCGAAGUUUGAAGGAUUGAACAUGGACAUCUGCGUCAAGUGUAUCACUGUCUGAGAUAAGCUGUGACAGAUGGAUUGAUGGGGCGGGCUUCAUCUACUGAAUCGAUCACUGACAAUCUCGUGUUCUUGUGGGUUUGUGCAUACUUCGGUACCAAAAUACUGGCUCAAGAAUGGCUAUUGGGAAGUGGCAGAGAGUGGUUCUGUCUUUGUGAUGAUUGUGAAGCUCUAGGAUGCAGGCCAUACUAGUGGAGGAACUAUCAGCAAUACCAUAUGCCGUCUCUAGCCUGAAG